UAAUCGGAGACUGAAUUCAGGGAAGCAGGACACCGAUGGAGAAGACGAAGUCAUCAUCGACGGCCAGAGCCAAAGCUAAGGCAAAAUAUUCACCUAUGUGUUUUUCGGGUUUUGAUGCGAUGAACGAGGACCUUCUCCUCAAAAUUCUGAGCAGACUUCCUGCUCAAUCCUUUGCUUCAGCUGCCUGCGUUAACAAAUCCUGGAAUCGCGUCUGCAAUCGCGUACUUUCUCGUCCUAAGCUCGCCUCUGCUCUUUCUCUCAAACCUUCUUUGCACGACGCUUUAAAAGAAGUGUUUGAUAAGAUUCUGUCUGAGCCGAUCCGUCCACAUUUUGCCAUUGCAAAUGUUGGCAGUGGAUUUGAACUACAGAUGACUCUAAGGCUUAUUAGAAUGAAACUGGGAUGCCUUGUUCCCAUCGUUGUUUCUGUGGCUAAUGGUAUCAUUGGAAGGGAUGCUCUAACUGAUGAACUUAAAGAGGUCAACUGGCAUGCUCAUUUCAGUGACUUCAGUGAUGAAGCAGAUGCUGUACAGAUGAAUGAAGGCAUAGUUAUGACCAUUGCCUUUUUCCCAGGAUUAAAAAUUGACGCUAUUCCACUAGUUCGACGGUCAACAACACCUCUAGAGUCAGCCAUUGACAAGUUUGUAACGGAUAUCAAGGAGUAUUCAGCAUUCCCUGAGGGGAUUCUUUUAUUUGGAGAAGGAAGUAGUGACAUGAAACCAGUCAUGGAGAAGUUGGAUUACGCCAUGCCCAAGGACACAUUCAUUAUUGGUAACGAGAGAGGCUGCGUUGCAUACAGAAGUAGAAAUGACUCCAGAAAUGCUUGUACUAGAACAGGGUACUCUGUAGAAGCCGUUGCUCUUGUUUUUGCUCAGGAUAUAAACAGAUCUUCUGCUCCAGGAGAAAUUAAGUUCCACGUUGCAUUGUCAAAUGGUAUUUUGCCUGUGGGUGACAAAUACAAGACAGCAUCAGUGCGAACAAGAAGCUCUGAGAGUUCUACAUGGCUGACUGCCAGGAGGGAAGGCCAACAGGAAAUUCUUGAUGGUCAAAGAAUAUUGGAUGGUGUUAACGAUGAGCUAGCAAAUCAUAUUGAGACUCCUGAAUUGUACAUCGGAGUAUUCAAACGAAGAAAACUGUCCAUUGGAUCAGAGAAGCCAAGACAAGGAACAUCUAUUGCUUUUCAUGGGGUUGUGAAAGGUGAUGAAGAAUAUCUGUAUGUUGACGGGGUCGGCUUAAAAACUGGAGAUAUCUUUCAAUUCUACCAUUCAGAUUGUAAUACAGCAUUAGCCUCAUGCGCUAGAGUGUCUGAUGAACUGAAGAAGAUUAAGCUUGAAGCAAAUUCUAAGAAUCUCAAUGUUGGGGCCAGCAAUGGUACUUGUGUGUUUGGAGGUUUUGUUUUCGCAUGUUGUGGUCGUGGUGAAUCAUUCUUUGGACGCCCCAAUGUUGAUAGCUCCCCUAUCUCUGAGAAUUUCCCUGGAGCACCAUUGUCUGGAAUGUUCUGUUGUGGAGAAAUGGCCCGUUCUUCUUUCAUAGUGGAUGGCCAAUGCGAAGGAGAAAACUCUAUUGCUUGCUGUGUGCAUGCUUACAGCAGCGUAUAUUUGUUGAUGUCCUAUACGCCGUCGCAGUAAUAUGGGAUGCUGUUCAUGGUCUUCGACACGAACGGUUCUUAGACGUUGAUGUUUUUUGGUCCUCUGCUGUAGGCAUAGAUUUGACCUUCUAGUGCAUAGUCUUCAACAUGUACAUGAUUCAAUCUUCCUUUUCAGGGAGUUUGGUGCAGAAAGAAUCUUGUGCAACAGCAACAGAUAUAGACCGAUCUAAUGUCAUCAAUGCAUGUGGUUAGGAAUUA